AUGCGGCUAACUUACAAGACCUGGAGAAUCCAGGCGUCAGGAGUCAUCCUCCUGGAGACGAUUCUCUUCGGGUCCCUCCUCCUCUACUUCCCCGUGUUUAUCCUGUACUUCAAGCCAAGCAUCUUCCGCUGCAUCGUCCUGCGCUGGGUGCGCAUGCUCGGCUUCGCCAUCGUCUACGGCACCAUCACCCUCAAGCCCCACUUCGACAUCGGCGGCCAUGACCGCUGGGACUACAUGAUGGUGAUCGCCGAAAUGCUGUUCCUGCUGUGGGGCAGCUUCCUGUGCUACGCCACGCGUGCCGUGCCCUCCGCCUUCCACGAGCCCCGCUACAUGGGCAUCGCGCUCCACAACGAGCUCACGAUCUCGGCCGCCUUCCACGUGGUCAGGUUCAUCAUGGUCCCCUCGCUGCACCCCGACUGGACCCUGCUGCUGUUCUUCGCUCACACCCACGGCACCAUCACCAUGACCCUGGCGCUGCUCUUCAUCCCGAAGUUCUUGCACGCCGGCUCGCCGCUGCGGGAGGAGAUCGCGGCCGAGGUCUACGAGGACGAGCUGGACAUGCGGCGCUCAGGCUCCUGCCUGAACAGCAGCAUCGCGUCCGCCUGGAGCGAGCACAGUCUCGACCCCGAUGACAUUCGGAGCCUCGUGCAGCAAGCCGUGCCGGCCGGGGACAGCCCAGAGCCACCCGCGGACCCCCUGGCACGGGCGGGAGAGCCAGAGAGGACACCGGAGGGGCCUGUGGAGGAAGAGCUGGGGUGUGCGUCCCCCCCGGAGGGGAAGGGCAGGCUGCUGACCGCAGGCUCCAUCUCGGUGCAGGUCUGCCCCUGGGAGCUGGUCCAGGAGGAGAUCCUGAGCCGGAAGCAAAAAGCCGCCGAAGCAGCAGACUCGGGGACCCCUGGUGACGCAGCGGCCACCCCCCCCAGCCUCAAGCCGCCCUCCCAGAAGACCUCCUUCCGGGGCCUGGGACUCGCCGUCAAAGCCUUCAACCACUCCAGGGGGAAAAGCAUCCUGAAGGGGAAGAGAGAGGGCGAGGGGAGCCUCAGCAAGAGCGGAGGGGGGCAGGAGGAGGGAGAGGCCCAGCCUGGCAGGGACGGGGAGAUGGUCCCCUGCCAGCACAACAACAAUGCCGGCACCGCUUCAGAAGCCGAAGGCUGGGGGUAUGGCAGGGAAGAGGCAGAAGGACAGCAGGACAGCCCAGCCCCGGGGACAGGCGAUGGUGAGAAACUGGCAGAGGAGCCCAGUGCUCCCCGGGGGGACGUGGAUGCUGGGAGGGGCCCGGGGCCACCCUCGGGGGUGCACAAGAUUCCGCCCAGUGUUGGCCACCAAGAAGGAGCCGAACAUCCCCGUGAAACCCCAGCAGCGGCCAGCAGUGGGAAAGCAGAGAUACGCCCCCGGCAAGGGGCCGAGGCUCCCGUGGCAGAGCUGGGGAAGGAUGCUCCUGCGGCCAUCGUGAGGCUGAUCACGCCGAAGGGAGGGGUGGCCGGGCCAGCUGAAGGGCUCGAGGGGGGCAGCAGGUCCAUCCGACCCCAGGACCACGCGGAGGUGGAGCAGCCACGUGCAAAACCCAUCGCAAGCAGCCCCCACCCAUCCACCGCCGGUGUGUGGAGAGCAGCUGCUGAGAAGCCGGGGGCUGAGGUUUGUCCCCGGGGAGCCCCGGGCGUCCCAGCAGGAAAAGGAGCCUUGCUGCGUCAGGAGGCGAUUGCUUCCCGGGAGGACAGCGGGGUCCCGCCGGGCGGGGAGAGCCCGACCAAGGUGCUGGAGAAGGGGGGCAGCCAGCCCGAGCCCCUCGGUCCCAGGGGGAGCCGGGGCACCGAGAGAGUCCCUGCAAAGAGCCAGAGCAUGGAGGCGGCCCCGGCUGCAGCGGGGAAAGCCGGCAGCACGGCAGGCAGGCAGGCAGAGGUCCGUCCUGGGGAAACCCAGACAGAUUGCAGCAUUAAAAUAGAAAUUUGCCCCUGGGAGGAGAGCGGAGGCAGAGCCCUGGGGAAGGGCGGCAGUGAGGGGGAUCCCGGCCGCCCCGGGGAAGAGCCAGGCACAGAGAAAACACCAGCAAAAACUCCAGAGCUGCCCAAAGCAGCUUCGGAGACAGCAGGCAGCGCGGAGGGCAGGACGGCUGAGGUUUGUCCGUGGGAGACCGCGGAAGGGGGAAGCACCGUCAGAGCAGAAAUCUGCCCCUGGGAUGUGGAGGGGGCUGAGCCGGAGCAAGAGAGGCAGGAAGGAGAGAGGAGGUGGCUGGCCAAGUGGGUCAAGGGCAUCAGACCAAAAUCACUGGGUUUGCUGAGAGCGCAGGACAGUGGGAGCAGCCUGCAAGUGCCCGGCUGGCCCUGGGGCAGCACCGGCAGCGAGGGACCCUCACCGAAACCUGCUCCCAGAAGCUCUGAGCUGCCAGAAGUGACCUCGAGGAGCCCGGCGAGCGCACGGGCUUCAGUUUGUCCCUGGGAAGCGGCUGGAGCCGACAGUGAUGCAGAAGUUUGCCCUUGGGAAAGGGGAACAGCCUUAUCCGAUGCAGGAAAAUUAGAUGAUGGUGAAAUUUCCCAAGUGAAAAAUGGGAUUUCCCUGCAGAGGGUGGUCCCGAGGGCCAUGGGAGAGACAACUCCGGCUGCAGACAAGGGGAGCGGUCAGCGAGGAACCCCCAGCCCCGGGGAAGGUGCAGAGCAGCCUGGCACAGGGCUCGCGGCAAAACAUCCAGCUCUGUCCAAAACAUCAUCUAAGCAAGCGGGAACCAUCGAUAGCAAAAAGGCCGACGUUUGUCCAUGGGAAGUGGAGGAUGAGCCGCUUCCUAAAACAGAAAUCUGCCCUUGGGAAGAGGCUGCAGCUUCAUCGGGGAAGGGGAGACUGAGUCAGGACACACGUGGGACUUCCAAAGGGGAAAACAAACCAGGAUCUGGAGGACUUGAAGAUAUCAAAGCAAAGCUGGCAGAGAUGGGUGACCGUUGGCCAGAGCGCAGGGACACCGGGAUCUUUGCAAAGCUCAUUGGGAAAAGCCUGGAGUCCAAGAAAUCCCAGAGUGCGGAGAGCAUAAAGGAGGAGGUCUGUCCCUGGGAGAGCCUGGGCACGGAGCAGCCCCCAGCAAAACCCCGCACCGGGAGCCCAGCGCUGCCCAAAUCGCCUUCGAGGAAAUCCCAGAGCGUGGAGAGCCUGAAGGCGGAGGUCUGUCCUUGGGAGGCUCCAGAGCUCGAGUCCACCGAUAAAGCAGAAAUCUGCCCCUGGGAGACGGCUGUUCCACCAUCAGGUAAAGAGAAAUUAAGGCAGGACAAAGGCGUUCUGUCCAUGGUGAGCAAAAGCCCUUCUACAAGUCAAGGUCUUCGCAAAGAGAUUGGAGAUAGCACAUCUGCAAAGAAGGAGAAAGCAAGCAGAGACCGUGAGUCCAUCUGCCCCUGGGAGAGCACGAACACAGAGGGAACGUCCGUGGGGUACGGCACGAAGAGCGCAGAGCUGCUGAAAGCCACCGUCAAGAAAUGGGAGAGCAUGGGGAGCACAAAGGCUGAGGUCUGUCCCUGGGAGAGCCUGGGCACGGAGCAGCCCCCAGCAAAACCCCGCGCCGGGAGCCCGGCACUGCCCAAAUCACCUUCGAGGAAAUCCCAGAGUGUGGAGAGCCUGAAGGUGGAGGUCUGUCCUUGGGAGGCUCCGGAGGUCGAAGCUGGCGGUAAAGAAGAAAUCUGCCCCUGGGAGGCGGCUGCACCUCCCUCCGAUCAGCCAAAGGCAAAGGAGGGUCCUGGGGGGGCUUCAAAGAGGGACAAGCGCAUCAGGCGCCAGGCAGCGUUGGCCAGCCCGCUGAGAUCCCUGGAAAAGGGCAGCAGCGAGCGAGAGGCCAUCUGUCCCUGGGAGAGCCUGGGCACGGAGCAGCCCCCAGCAAAACCCCGCACCGGGAGCCCAGCGCUGCCCAAAUCGCCUUCGAGGAAAUCCCAGAGCGUGGAGAGCCUGAAGGCGGAGGUCUGUCCUUGGGAGGCUCCGGAGCUCGAGUCCACCGAUAAAGCAGAAAUCUGCCCCUGGGAGACGGCUGUUCCACCAUCAGGUAAAGAGAAAUUAAGACAGGACAAAGGCGUUCUGUCCAUGGUGAGCAGAAGCCCUUCCACAGGUCAAGGACUCUGCAAAGAGAUUGGAGAUAGCACAUCUGCAAAGAAGGAGAAAGCAAGCAGAGACCGUGAGUCCAUCUGCCCCUGGGAGAGCACGGACACAGAGCAGCCCCCAGCAAAACCCCACACCGGGAGCCCGGCACUGCCCAAAUCACCUUCGAGGAAAUCCCAGAGCGUGGAGUGCCUGAAGGUGGAGGUCUGUCCUUGGGAGGCUCCGGAGGUUGAAGCUGGUGGUAAAGCAGAAAUCUGCCCCUGGGAGGCAGCUGCACCUCUGCCGGAGAAAGGAGCAGCCCCGGGUAAGGUGAGCCUCCCACCGAAAAAAGCGGGUGCCUCCGAAGCACUGGAGAAGGGGAGUAGCGAGCGCGAGGCCAUCUGCCCCUGGGAGAGCCUGGGCACGGAGGAGCCCUCCCUCAAAACUGCGAUGGGGAAAGAGCCACCGUCCAAGAAGUCCGACAGCACGGAGAGCAAGAAAUCUGAUAUUUGCCCCUGGGAAGCAGCAGAGCCCACCGGCUUGGAGAAGGAAAGCUUCAAACCAGGGGUGCGCCCACAGGGAGCUGACAGAGCAGCCCCCACGGGGACGGGAAAGUCAAAGCCGGUGGCAGGAGCCAGCGCCGUGUCUCCAACAGCCCUGCUAAAAAAAUCCAAGGGCAGAUCUGACGGCGAGGCUGAGCACAAGCCCCUGUGCCGCAUCCUGCCGGGCAUCCAGCCCCCGCAGGGCCCCAGGGCAGAGCCGCUGCCUCGGGGAGCGAGCACGGCUCCCGCGGUGGGCAGCAGCCCCAGCCCAGGCACUAGCGUAGCCGAGGUUUGUCCCUGGGAAGCAGAAGAGGCUCCACCAGCAUCUGACAAGACCAGCACAGAGACAGGGAAAACCUCCGAAGUGUGUCCGUGGGAGGUGGAGAGCGCGGAUCCCACCCCGACCCUCCGCAGGCAGGGCAGAGCCGGGGCGAGCCCCCAGGACAGAGGCAGGGGUGCGAGCGAAACCAAACCCGACGUCUGCCCGUGGGACCACGAGUAG